AUGUUAAAAUUUGUUAAAACACCAAAAUAUGCUCGUUGGAUAAAACUUGGAAUGAUAGGAUUCUCUAUCUUAGCAAUCAGCCUCUCCAUUGUAUUUUUGGUUAACAUUAUUACUCCUUUUGGAAGAUUGACAAUAUCUUCUCCAGCAAAUAGUUUCGUGGAAUUAAUCUUUUGUAUUUUUGUCUCGAUAAGCUUGAUACUGAGAUUAAAUGAUAUAAUGAAUUAUAAACAAUAAGUACCGUAUAAAAUUGGACUGGAGAUUAUUAUUGCUGCAAUAGGAAUACUUUAACUAAUAGAUUUUAUUUGCUGGUUCAUUAAUCCUGUUUCUGAUGUGCUGGCUGCCAUUAUCUGUUUAUUUACAUUUUUUAUUGCAGGUUUUCAUUUUGGGUUAUGGAUUCUCUAGAGAAUUGAGAACAACAAGAAAGUAUAAGAAUUAGACGAUCAUUUGACAUAAUAAAUUUAAUAUAUUGAAAACUAGGGCUCCAUCUAAAUCCCAUAAACUUCAAAAUGUAAGUUAGUUCUAGAAUACAUUCUAUAUUCUUUUAUGUUAGUCUUAGUAAUCUUAAAUACAUGUUAAAUAAUUCAUGAAGCCAAUUAUCCAAACAGUUUGGGUGAAGGUGAGUAAUUUUACACUGUUGAAAGUUAAGGUUAUGAUGUGAAAAUCAGAACGUAUUGUACUGGGGUUAAGAAUUAACAAUAGAUUAUUCUAGAGGCUGGAGGAGGUUCUGGUGGAUGUGAUUUUUCUGAAAUACAAACUCAACUUUCCAAAAAUUACAGAGUUUGUAGUUAUGAUAGAGCUGGAUAUGGAAUGAGUUGGUAAGCAGCUGCCCCAUAAAAUUCUAAAAACGCUAUGAUAAUUGUUCAAUAAGUGAUGGAGAAGGUGGGAUUUAAUACUUCAGUUCCAAAUUCCAUAAUUUGUGUUGGUCAUUCUGCUGGAGGAUAGCUGUGUCGUUAUUAUGCAUAAUAAAUGGCAAGCAUAAAAGGUAUUGUGUUAUUAGAUUCAGUGCCAGUAAUGAAUUGGUUUUACUUGGCAGGAUAAUGUUAGAAUCAAACUGUAAGUUAAAUUUAUGCAUAAUAAUAAUCGACUUUACCUUUGAUUAAGACUAUGGCUUCCUUAUGGCCUUUGUAUAUAAUAACUCCAUUCAUGUCAAAGGGAGGAUUUAAACCAUCUAAUCUAUAAGGCUGGGUGAAUUGGUAAAUUACUACUACAAGGAAUUGGUAUUCGUAAUCACUUGGAUAUGCAUCUGAACUUGAGGAAUGUUAGGAAUAAUGCAUGGAGUCAUCAAUCAUAAAUCCGGAGUCCAUGAUUGACAAGCCAAUUAUCGUUAUUACUGCUUCUAAUUAAUCAAUAACUUGUGAGGAUAGAAAUUUAACAGGCACUGAUUGUCAAAAUUAUUACUGCUAAUAGAAUGCCUCAAUGAAAUUAGCAGUCAAUUAGUCGCUUCUUGGUAAUGAAGUGAGCAAAUAUGUUGAAUGCCCAGGUAUUUGUAAUCACGAUUUUAUAUGGAAAUAACCAGAUUUUAUAGUUUAACAAAUUGAGUAUUACAUCCCACUAUUUUGA